UCCAAUUUAUAUAUAGAAGCUGCUUGUGAUUAUUUCCAUAUCAUCUCUUAGGUGUCUUAGCUUUCACAAGAUGGUUUCCAAACUUUUCAUUUGCUUCUCGUUUGCUAUUGCCAUUGCAUCAGUAGAUUGCAACUCGGAAGGGGAUGCUCUUUAUGCUUGGAAAAGCAAAUUGGUCGACCCUAACCAUAUACUUCAGAGCUGGGAUCCAACAUUGCUCAAUCCAUGCACCUGGUUUCACAUUACCUGCAACAACAACAACAGCGUUACGGGGGUAGGCCUUGGAAAUGCUGGACUCUCGGGAUUUCUUGUCCCUCAGCUUGGAGCAUUGCCUAAUCUUCGAUAUUUGAAAGUAUUUAGAAACAACUUAAGUGGAUCAAUACCAAUGGAGAUAGGUAACCUAACAAGCCUGAUAAGUUUGGAUCUGUACCAAAAUCAAUUUUCUGGGGUCAUUCCAGCAUCACUUGGAUACUUGCCUUCCUUGAGGUUUUUGAGAUUGAACAGUAACAAGCUUACUGGCAAGAUACCAGUAGAGGUCCUCAAACUCGUUACCUGGGGGAAUUUGAGGAUUUUGAAUGUAUCUGACAACCUGCUGGUUGGGAGAGCCCACGGCACAAACACAAAAGGAUUUGCAUAUACUUCUAAGUUCUAUAAUACAAGAUCCAAAAGCUCAGAAGUAAAAUUAAGACGAUAUGGAGACUACAGUACUGCCUGCUUGCAACCAUCCAGCUUUUAAAUAAAUUUGUAAUUUUGGUGGCAAUAAUAAACCUCUACGUUACUCUA